AUGGAGCUCAAUCAGGAAGUCGCUCGCCAAGUCGCGCUCCCAUCGGCUGCUUUCUACAAGCAGCCGGCGUGUAAGCCCGGGCAGGCAGCCCCAGAACCGGCAUCGGCGUGCUGGGAAACGUCCUCUCUCAACCCCAAGAACAGAAUCGACAGCCUCGACUUUCCUGCUACUCCGUCGUGGCGUAUUGACGGCUGCAUCGCCUUUGGCACGCAGUUUUACGCCGUCCCGCUCUUCAUGGGACCGACGCAGCCGCACCGCCUGGACAUCUUCAUACCCAACCACUCGAACAUUUCCCCCAGCCUAUGCCAAGUGCUGGACCUGAGCACCGCUUUCCACACGAGGGAUACCCGGGCGACGCAGGGCCUCGGGAUCACCCGGCACAUUGUCCGCUGUCUGCAGCAUUGGACGAGCAGCUCGAAAGAGGCCAGCCAGUACAAGCAGUUUCCAUUUGGUUCGCGCAUCGUUUUCCACAACCUGCCAGCCAGCCCUCACGAUGCGCGCAUCUCCAUUGUGCCCACGUAUCAUCUGGAGCGGCAGAUGCACUCCGUGCAGCAUCUGCAGGACAUGUGGAAGGACCAGCACAUCCAGCUCCCUCCGACGAUUGACCUCGGCGAGCUGCACCACAAGGCACAGCCUCACGAUAGCGUCUCUGUUGUCGAGCACAAGGGUGAAGCGCUCGUCUUCAAAGCCAUCACAAGCCACACCAAGUAUCUUUACCACGAGCUGCGACACCUUCUCCGCAUGCGUCCGCACCCCAGCAUCAUCGAGCGGCCCCGCCACCUCGUCACCAAAAAGUGCGGCUUUGGCUCCAAGACGGCCGUCGUCGGCUUCACCCUGGCAUACCACCCGCACGGCACCAUCCGCAACCACAUCCCGUACCUGGCGCUGCACAACAAGAUCCCGCACGACCAGGAGGCGAGCUGGGCGCUGCAGAUCGUGCGAGGCCUACGCCACUUCCGCCAGACGUGCGACACGUACUACUCGGACCUGCGCCUGGACAACAUCCUGCUGUCCGACGCGCACGAGGCCAUCAUGGUCGACUUUGAGCAGCGCGGCGUCUGGUCCGGGUUCUCCGCCCCCGAGAUCAACAGCAUCGAGUGCAUCCGCGAGCUCGCCGUCGCCGAGGACACGCCCGAGCCCCUCCGCAGCGGCUACGCGGACCUGAUGGCCCAGAUGCUGCCGCACUGGGAGGAGCUCGUCGAUGGCGAGGAGUACGCCUGGCCCGCGGGCAGAAAGGGCUACAACGUGGCCUGGCAGUGCCUCCACCCCGAGGAGCAGGAGUGCUGCGAAGUGUACAUGCUCGGCCGCGUGCUGUGGUGCCUCUUUGAGGCGCAGAGCGCGCCGCAUCGCGCCGCCGUGUGGACCUCGUACGAGACGGAGCCGACGAUCGAAUUUCCGUCCUACUCGCGCACGCCGCACGAGUUGCGCCGCCUCAUUGACUGGUGUACCAAGGGUCAUGCGCCUACUCUCGGCAGCGUCAUUGUGCGCUCCGGAAACAAACUCGUCCUGCGAGAGCGAGAGGAUAUGGUGGAAUCAACGCCAGAAGAUGUUCUGGUCAAAGCCAAGAUGUUCUGGACGAAGCACGUGUCCGAUUCCGAGAAGUGGGUUCGAAACCACAUUGAGACUCGCAAGACGUGUCCUACAAAUUGUGCAUUCCCAAGCAGGCCUACUCUGGCUGCCGUCGAGGCGUCUUUGGAGAGAUUCAAGAGAAGUCUUCACAGAGAGAUGGACGCGCCAUAG